AUGUCUCCAAACGCCGUCUCGCGCCCGAGCAGACCGCAGGCACACAACUCACAUGCCCAUGAGAGUCGGGGUGACGGAGCAAGCAGUGCUGUGCAGGGACAGCAGGACACAUACAUGGGCGGCGGUUCGCGAAAUCCUUCUGAAGGAGUGGUAGCGUCGCAUUUCCUGGCACAGGACAGCGAAACGUGGAUGGAUUUCUUGAGAGAUGGUAGCGAAACGGGCGUUAACCAGCAACUACCUACCGGCGAAUUCGACCCCGCCACCGCUUCCGAAGCCCGCAUGAUCGCAUCCUCUUCGCGGUAUACUCUGCCAAACCGACCCUUGCCGCGCACUGACUCGUCGUCUUCUCGCAGCUCUGACCGCAAGCGACGCCUACCUGCGACUGACUCACCCAUGAGGCGGCCAUCGAGUAUACGGACGCACUCCGAGAAUGCAGGGAGCACGAGUGCGGACCCCAUCAUGCUGGAUUCGUCGCCUGCCUCAUUACGAGCACUCCCACCCACUCCACCUGUCCCGCCGCAAACAAACACUACGUCAGCGAGGAGGCAGAGCGACAUCGUGUUGCCCCCAUGGCAGCCAGAUAGCGACGUCACACAGUGCCCAGUGUGCAAGAGACCGUUUACUUUUCUUCUUAGGAGGCACCACUGCAGAAAGUGUGGACGAGUCGUGUGCGCUUCUUGCUCGCCACAUCGCAUUACCAUACCCCGCCAAUUCAUCGUCCAUCCGCCGUCUGAGACCCUAGCAAACUUCAUCGAUCUGACAGGAGAUGACGAGAAUGCCAUGUCGACUUUCGGCCCGUUCCGCAACCCAGCGCUAGGCGGGGGCGAAGAAGUCCGCGUUUGCAACCCUUGUGUGCCCGAUCCGAAUUUUAGCCCGCCGCCGCAGUAUUCAUCCUCUGGGCGCGAAUCCAGGUACUCACCACAAUACUCUUCAUCUCCCAGAUCAACUCAUGCCCCGCCACCCCCACCGCAUCCACGCGCACAUAGGUCUGCGUCAAGCGUUCAUGAUGCGUCGCGUUUUGCGGGGCAAGGGCAAAUUUAUGGGCAACGCAACUCUACGAAUGACAGCAACACAAGUAGAAGAGUGAGCUACAAUGGUAACUCAAAUAUCGGAGAGCGCCGAUUGCCUCCCCUCCCCCCUUCCGCUCAACAGCAACAUCCACACCAUCGUGCCCCACUCAUCUCGCAAACAAUGGUAAACAGUCGUCCUCGCCAUCGGUCAACCUUUGGUGCUGCGUCCUUUGCAGGCUCUCCGUUUGGACAAGCUACUUCGACCGCAAUCCCUCAGCCACUUCAACCUCAGUACGCACAGAUGCCUCAGCCUAGACGGCAGAUACCCGAGGAAGAUGAAUGUCCCAUCUGCGGAGAAGAGCUUCCGCCCAAGGGCCCUGAUGGCGAUGAUAGGGACCGCACCCAGCAUAUUGAAGACUGUAUCGCGUUACAUUCCGCCUCUCCAGCACCAAGAGCGGUUCCUGCACCACAGACAUCUGCAAGCCUCCCCAUCCAACGUACCCGUGGCAUGAGUAGUGCAGGCAACGGUGAGGGGGCCAGUAACAGAAUGAGCCAUGCUGCGCGGGGCAUGUUCCCGUACAUUGCAACCGAGAAGGAUUGUGUGGAUGAUGAGGGGAGGCAGGCGGAAUGCACCAUCUGUCUGGAAGAUUUUGAAGCUGGAGAUCGCAUGGCAAGGCUGGUUUGCUGGUGCAAGUUUCACGAGUCAUGCAUCAAAGAGUGGUGGGACAAGAAAGGCAGAGGAGCAUGUCCUACGCAUCAACUACAAGAAUGA